UAGAGAGAGAGAGAGGAGUAACGAAAGAUUCAUUCCCUUCCCUCGGCAAUGGCGUAUCGCAGACGCGGUCGUCUCACUACUACGCGCGCUCUCACCUCUCCCCCCAAACCCUAGAUUCUCUCCCGCGCCGCCGCCGCCCCACCUUCUCCACCAACGACGAUGGCUUCCACGCCGCCGCCGCCGGUGAUCGGCAAGUCGGGCAACCUAACGGUCUUCAUCACCCCGCCGGCGGUGACGCCGUCGCCGGGGCCCGAGACCCCGCAGUCCGAGUUCUCGACGCCCCCUACGUCUCCCCGAGCGGUGGAGUCGCCUGCCUCGCCUACGCCUGAGCAGCCAGCCUCCACGCCGGCUUCGGUCAGGAUGGCCUCUCCGCCCCCGCCUACUGUUACUGUCUCCACGCCGCCGCUGCUCAAGACGGUCUCUCCGCCGCUGCCGGCGGAGAAGCUCACCCGGGCCCCGCCAGUUCAGGUGCCGCCGCCGCAGUUCGAGAAGGCGUCGGCGGGGCCGGAUGGAUCGGUGCUCUCGUUCUUAUGGGACGCGGUUGCGCGCGUGCAAGAAGCGCACGCGAGCUUGGACAAGUACAUUUCGAACUGGUUUGGGUUGGAUCAGUCCAAGUACCAGUGGGCGCUCAACAACUACUAUGAGAGAACCGGACAGGAUAAUGCCUGAAUGCGUGGUCAGAACUGGAACUAUGUUGCAUUGGCACUGCAUAGUGAACUUUUUAUUUUCACCGGAUGAUUAUGGACUGUUGUUCUAUUGUUGAUUCAAUUGACUUGUCUGAUUACAUUGGUUAAUGAAAUAUGCUGUCAUUCAUUGCAUUGGAGAAUGUCCAAAGGAUUUACCGCAAAACUCUAAGUUAGAUAACACUAAGUCUGCUCUCCAUGAUAAAUUGUAUAUAGAAAAAUGCCAUGCCCGUCUCCACCCCGUACUAUUCGAUUACCUAGGGCCGCCUAGGUGGCCUAGUCGCCUACCUUGAUGACUAGCCGUAAAUCGCAGCGGGAGGGCUCUGCUUAGGCCGACUUUAACAUAGAAAACAUGCUAGCCAUUUCUUGGAUGUUUGUCUAAGUUAAUCUUGCCAGCUUGACACUCUACAAACAUUUCAUGUUGAUUUGAUUGUAGUUUUUGGGAGAGUAAAUUGUAUUAGAGCUACCUUAACUUGAUUGGUUGUUUUACUUAGUGAAAGAGGGAAUUAAUUGGGAGAACUCCACGAUAGCAAUUCUCAUUGAUGCUCUAGGCAUAUAUAGAGUACAAGGUGUACAGGUUAGGCAGCUAAUUGUAGAGAUUGACUAGAGCUAAUCUAGGAGCCAAAUAAGGUAGCUAGCUAUCAAUACUAAAUAUAUAUGAUCUGCACAUAAAGAGCAGUCUUUUUUUUUUGACACAAUAAAGAGCAGAAUCAAUCUUCUAUAAAGGUAGAUAUAUUCCAACAGCCUUCGUAGUAUUAACCGGGAAAAGAGUGAACAUUGAGAUUGCUUUGAAAAUCAGUGAAGACGGCAAUCGACAACCCCUUGGUGAAGAUAUCCACAUACUGAAGGGAGGUUGGAACGUGAAGAAUGCGGACGUCUCCAAGCGCCACGUGCUCGUGAACAAAGGGUAGAUGGAUCUCCACAUGUUUGGUGCGUUGGUGUUGCACCGGAUUAGUGGAGAUGUAAAUUGCGCUGAUGUUGUCAUAGUAGACAAUUGUGGCCUUCUUGAGAGGUUGAUGGAGUUCGGCGAGAACUUGAUGGAGCUAACAUGCUUCUGCAACGGCAUUGUCCACUCCACGGUACUUAGCUUUAGCACUGGAGCGAGAUACCGUGUGUCGCCGUUAGGAGGACCAUGAGAUGAAGUUGUCGUUGAGGAAGACACAAAAGCCAGAGGUGGAGUGGCGUGUGUCAGGACAGUCGGUCCAAUCAGUGUUGGAGUAGAUAAUGAGGUCACUUGUAGAGCCACAUGAUGGUUGAAGACCAUGUUCCAAUGUGCCUUUCACGUACCUCAAAAUCCUCUUGACAAGUGAGAUGUUGUUCCCUGGGAUCAGGCAUAUGCAAGCACACAUGCUGCAUUGCAUGAGUGAUGUCAGGGCGAGUGAGGGUGAGGUACUGUAGUGUACUAACGAGACUUCGAUAAAGUGUUGGAUGACAACAUGGAGCGGACCUUGAUAGGUGUGGUGCAGGGGUUCACUGUGUCAUUUUGGCACGCUCUAGUAUCUCGGUGGCGUACUUCUCUUGUGAGAGGAAGAUGCCCCGAGGUGAGCGAUGAGCGGUGAUGCCGAGGAAGUAGUGCAGAGCACCUAGAUCAAACAUCGAGAAUUCUUGUUGAAGAGCUAUAAUGACUUGGUGAAGAAGAGCCGAUGUUGAGGCCGUGAGGACUAUGUCAUUGACAUAGAACUAUAGUAAGCGACCUUAGAGCUACUGUUGUGGAUGACGAGUGACGUGCCGCACAUGGAGCCAUUGAAGCCGAUGGAGAGGAUGAAGGCAUGGAAGUGGAUGUACCAAGCGCAGGAUGCCUAUUUAAGUCUGUAGAGCGACUUGUUGAGGCGGCACACAUGAUUUGGGUUGACAAUCUCAGCGAGUGUGCCAUGAAGGAAUGCAUUUUUUACGUCUAGUUGAUGGACGGGCCAAUCGCUGUAGACGACAAGGUAGAGUUAUGUGUGAAUGGUCGAAGGCUUGACGAUGGGGCUUAAUGUCGUCGUAGUCAAGGUAUGGCUGCUGUGAGAAUCCGUGUAGAACCCACCAUGCCUUGUACCGAGCAAAGGAGCCAUCACAGUUGAGCUUGUGGCGGUAGACCCAUUUGCCAGUGACGAUGUUCGCGUUCAGAGGAGGAGGAACGAGGUCCCAUGUCUGAUUGGUUGUGAGAGUGUUGAACUCUUCGACAAUAGCCGCACGCCAAUGUGGAUCAAAGGGUGCCGCAGUACGUCUUUGACGGAGUGAGUGUGUCCGCUGUCGAAGCACGGAAGGUGAUGAAGUCCCGUGGAACCCGAAUGCCAUCCUUGCCGCGGGUUUGCAUCGGAUGCUGGGUCACCAAUGGAGGGACGUGUUCCAUUGGAUAACGGAAAGGGCUAGCGAGUGCGCUGAUGCUGGUCGUGGGAAUCGAAGGCGUUGCUGUCGAGUUCGGGACGAGAGUUGCGGGCACGGUGGCCGGAGCUACAGGAUUAGUGCGUCCACGGUGGGAGUACAGUUGCGUGACAGUCAGGCGCGACGACAAAGCCUGGGCGUCGGGUGGAGCGCGAGACGAGGCGGGCUUUGGAUCAGUGGAGGACCUGGUGUGCUCACUGCCGAGUGCUUGGCUCCCGUGCGGAGUGGACACACAGGGUAGAACCCAUGCUCCUGCGGGCCGCUGGACGUGGGGUCAGGGCGGUUGGGCCCGGUGCCCCGCUGAGCGUGGCGGGAGAGACAGUGGGCGACCUGUGCCCAUGGAGCCCAUCUGUGGAGUCAUCGAGGGAAUGGCCUGCCGGCGGCGUUGGUACGACCGUGGGCAGCACUAAGCCAACAGGAAGCAGCAAAUGUGGUGCGGUAGGUGCACCAUCCUUCGAGUCGUUGAGGAACUAGUAGGAGGACAGCAGCGGAGACGGGUGAGUAGCGUAUAGGAAAACAUUUUCAUCAAAGAUUACAUGCCGGGAGAUGAUAUGGUUUGAGAAUAAGUUGAGACAGCGAUAACCUUUUUGAUUGGUUGGAUAGCUAAGAAAAAUGCACUCGGUGGAGCACGGUGCGAGUUUGUGGCUGGCUGUGGAGGUGAGGUUUGGAAAACAUCGAAAACCGAAGACACGCAUAUGCGAGUAGUCUGGUGGAGAGCCGAACGAGGACUCGUGAGGAGUUUUGUUGUUAAGGACUUUGGUGGGAAUUCGGUUCAGAAUGUAGGUGGCUGUGUAAAGCUUCCGCCUAGGUGGCUGUGUAAAGCUUCUGCCCAAAACGAAGGAGGGAGGCUGGCUUGGAACAACACGGAACACAUGAUAUUGUUGGUUGUGCGAAUGAUGUACUCAGCCUUGCCGUUUUAUUGCGAAGUGUGAGGGUAGGAGAAGCGAAAGUGGGUGCCGUGUGCAAGGAAGUUGCGAGCAGUGGUGUUAUCGAAUUCCCUACCAUUGCCACACUUGAUGAAAGAAAUAGAAGAUUGGAAGUGAGUCCGAAUGUAGGCAUGAAAAUUUUGUAGAGUCUGAAAGGUUUCAUAUUUGAGUUUGAGAGGGAAUGUCCACAAGUAAUGUGUGUGAUCAUCCAAGCAUACAUGAUAAUACUUAAUGCCAGACAUGCUAGGUAGUGAGGGAAUCCAUAAAUCAUAAUGGAUUAUUUCAAAUGGUUUUGUUGUGCGUGACAACGAAGGGGAAAAUGGGAGACAUACAUGUUUCCCAAUUUGACACGCAUGACAAGUUUCAAUGUCAAGUUUAUUGCAAGAAAUAGCACACGACGAGAUUAAGCUAGACAAAGUUGGGCGACCGAGGGAUUGAUGCCAUAUGGUGGUGGUGUGUCGUGGUGUGAAAGGCGCGUGGUGAGGAGGGUAGUCAGAGCGGGUACAAGUUGUCGAAGCUACUGCAGCGAAGAAUCUUGUGCUUGGUUUGGAGAUCCUUGAUUGAGAAACCGAAAUUCCACAGAACAUAGAUUGUUAGUGGUGAAUUUGUGAACAGAAACCAAAUUUCAAAUGAGUUUGGGUGAGAUUAGGGUGUUUUGUAGGUUGGGUGGAAACAAUUUUCAUGCCGGUGCCGGUGAUGGGUAGACGAGUGCCAUCACCGACGACGACAUGAGAAGAAGGCGGAAUAAAUGGGACAAGUCUUACCGGCUAUUGCACUGACAUGACGUUCAGGGCCUGGAUUAGUGAGGCCUGAUUCCAUGAUGACGCGGUGGAUGAAGUCUUGUACGACAACGACUUGGUUCGUUUAGGCUGGUACAACGACGUAGGCUGGUACGAUGGUGACACGCAUUAGAAACCACCAGGCGCGAUCAAGGCCUAAGGGUGGACCAGUGCCAACAAUGCCAGGGCUGCCUGGUGGCUAGACCAGGAAUUGGCUGGUUCGGGGAUUGACCGGGAGGCUAGGGCGAGUCCAGAGAGUGUCGGUGUUGUUGCCGUCGGUUUUCUUGUUGCCCUUGUCUGUUGUACUUGGGCUUGGACCAUUGGAUCUUGCGUUGGCCACCAUUAGAUCCUUCGGGGGGCGGUGAGGACUGUCAUGGGGCUCAGGCUUGCCGAUCUUGAUGGAGACUUGCCCAUGGGAGCGGUGAGGGCCAUUGGGGGCUUGAGCUUGCCAUCUUGAUGGAGACUUGUUUGUGGGGGUGGUGAGGGCCGUCGGGGGCUCAGGCUUGCUGAUGUUGAGACCAUCUUCCUCGAGCAGGAGCAAAGAGUGAGCCUCAAGGAACGGAGGAAGAGGCGACCUUGUUUUGCUAAUGAAGGCCAUGUGCCUUUAGUUCUUGUUGAGGCCUUGUAGCAGGGUGAGGACGAGAGUGUUAGAGGAGACCGGUUGGUUGAUGUCGAGGGUGUCCGCGAAGUUCUUCAGGCCCUGGGAGUAGGCAAGGAUCGAGAGGCACCUUGCACCUGCGGAAGUCAGCCUCCAAGGAGAGUGCACAUGAGGCCUUAUUGUUGAGGAAGAGGCCUUCAAUGCUCGUCCAUAUGGCGCAGGUAGAGCACCCAAGCUGAGGAUGAUGGAGAGGAUCUCCUCUGAAAUUUCUGUUAGUUUAAAUAUUAUAGAAAUUUGGAUGUGAAGAUAUAUCUGGAAGAUAAAUUUUACUUGUAUAGGAUGACCGAGUGUGGUAUUUUCUUUAGAGUAGGAAAUUAGUUGUUUCACUUAGUGGUGCUUUGAUUAGCCUGAAUGCAAAGACUGUGUACACAGUUGGCUAUGGACUAAACAUUUCCUAUGGUAGUGUAUAAGCUUUCAACCUCUCUACAUAGUAAUUAGCUUCUUAAUUUGCAGCUGCAGUUUUGCCUUCUCUUACUGUAGCACUUUCUGUAUCACUUAACUCACAAUUUCACUAGAGCCUUCCAGAAGACCUGUGGGGUGUUCCAUUAGAGGGGGUUUGUUUUUCUUGUCCCUGCUAGUUCAUUCAUUCCCCAACUAUGGGUAAAUGCAUUAUCAAAUGGGGAACUAGAGGUUACUAAGGUUAUUAGCUCCCUUAUACUGUAUCCAGAGUUUGUUCUUCUAUAUUCAUAAUAUUCAAUAUUGGGAAUCACUGAUAUGUUUCCAGUAAUCAAGCCAAAUCAAUACUUUAGAAUUAAAUUCUCCAAAGGAGCAUCACAUUUGCCCCUCGUG